UCUUUGUGUUUUUUUCGUCAAUUUAAAAAACUUGGUUUGCGUCACGAUAUUGCUCACAAAAUAAAAGAACUGAGUGAAAACUUAGAUGAGCUUCACAAAGAGAGUGCCAGGUUCGGGUUUAGGAUUUUCUUGAAUAGGGAUACUGAAGUAGUUGCUCGACCAAAAACUACCUCCCUUAUUGAUGUGUCUAAAAUAUGUGGUCGUGAUGAGGAAUGGAGUGAGCUAGUGAGCAACCUCUUGGGCAAGGGUAGCCAAGAAGAAAAGAGCCCCCAUGUCAUCUCCUGAAUAGGCAUGGGAGGUAUGGGAAAAACAACUCUUGCCCAACUAGCCUACAAUGAUGUUGAUGUGCAGGCCCAUUUUGAAACACUAAUAUGGGUAUGUGUUUCUGAUCGUUUUGAUCAGAUUAGGGUUGCCAAAGCAAUCAUUGAAUCUAUUGAUCGUAAAUCCCCUGACAUUACUGAAUUGCAAAAUCUAGUAAAUAGAAUUUGUGAUUUGAUAAGAGGAAAGAAGUUUUUUCUUGUUUUAGAUGACGUGUGGUCUGAAAAACCCAAUGAUUGGGAGCCAUUCGAACUUGCACUCAAAUUUGGUGCUCAAGGUAGUAGAAUUUUGAUCACCACACGUAAGGAGGGAGUUGCAAAGAUGGUAAAUAGUGCUUAUACCAUCAAUUUGGAGGUACUGUCUAAUGAAGACAGCUGGUUGAUAUGCAGUCAAAUGGCAUCUGUUGACAGAGAUGAUGAGCAACUAGGAAAACUUGGUCGAGAACUAGCAAAUAAGUGUAAGGGCUUGCCACUAGCUGCAAAGAUUCUAGGGAGUGUCAUGGGCAGCCAAAGAAGUAGGCAAAAAUGGAAGAACAUUUUGGACAGUAAUUUAUGGGAAUUAAAAGAAGUUAAAAAGGGCAUUUUUUUAGGACCAUUAUUAUUUAGUUAUAAUGAGUUGCCAUCAGCAAUAAAACAAUGCUUCUUGUAUUGUGCUAACUUUCCAAAGGAUUAUCGCUUUUCUAGAAAUGAGUUGGUCUACCAAUGGAUGGCACAUGGAUAUUUGGGCUUGGAAUCUAAUAUGGAGGAUAUGGGAGAAAGUUACUUUGAAAAAUUAGUUAUGCACUCCUUCUUCCAAGAUUUUAAGAAAGAUGACAAUGAUGAUGAUGAGAUAAUAAGAUGCAACAUGCAUGAUAUGGUUCAUGACUUCGCCCAAUUUAUGUCAACAAAUGAAUGCGUCACAAUUGAUGGUGACAAAGAGUUGGGGACAGAUUGUAAAAGUGCUCGUCAUUUGACAUUAGAAUUAAAGGAGGAAACACAAUUUCCUGUAUCUAUCUAUAGUGCAAAAAAUCUACGGACUCUUUUUCUACGAACUCCUUAUUUUGGAAGAAUGGUCUUCUCAUCUGAUUUAUUCCAGCAUUUGACAUGCCUCCGGUCAUUGAAUUUGAAAGAUAGUUCCUUUGAGAAACUUCCAAAUGAAGUGGAAAAAUUAAAACAUUUAAGAUUGCUCAAUUUAUCAUGUUCUAACAUUACAGAAUUACCUGAAAUGAUGUGUAAUUUAUGUAAUUUACAAACAUUGGAUAUUAGUGGUUGUGGUCAAAUUAUGAAAUUACCCCAAGGAAUGGGUAAACUAAUUAAAUUGAGACAUCUUCUUAUUGAUUGGUGUGAUGAAUUGACCGAACCCUUUCCAAAAGGGAUUGGAAGAUUGAGUUCUCUCAGAACAUUAAACAGAUUCAUAAUAGGUGGUCUGAACAAUUUUGGAGAAUGUAAACUUGGAGAUUUGAAGAAUCUAGUCCACCUUAAAGGGUCUCUUGGGAUAGAAGGCCUGGAAAACGUAACAGAUGUACAAGAGGCUGAAAAUGCACAACUAAAAAAUAAGAUACACCUCCGUAAGUUGAGAUUAGUGUUUGGUGGGGAAGCUGAGAAUAGAAGAGGGGAGACUGAUGAAUUAGUUCUUAAUGCGUUGGAGCCACAUCCAGACUUGGAGAGUUUAUCGAUUCAUUACUACGGGGGUACAGGGUAUCCUAAUUGGGUGAUGUCUUUGACCAAUUUGAAAAAGCUUGUGCUUGAUUACUGCAAUAAGUUAGAGCAAUUGCCUCCUCUGGGGAAGCUGCGUUUCCUCGAAUCAUUAGAAAUAUGGGGUUCGGAUAGUAUGAAAAAGGUGGAUGUUGAAUUUUUGGGAAUAGAAUCCAAUAGGAAGAAGGAUGAGGAGAUGGCAUCAACAUCAACAUCAUCACUUAUCUUAUUCCCUAAUUUGAAAUCUCUCUUUUUUGAGUCUAUGUUUGAGUGGGAAGAAUGGGAUGGGAUGGGAGAAAGUGGUGUUUCAGAAUCAGUUCUAAUUCUAAUUAUGCCACGUCUUCGGGUUUUGACAAUUUGCCAGUGCCCAAAGCUAAAGUCACUGCCCAACUUCCUCGAGAAAACUUCGUUAGAGGAAUUGACUAUCGAUUGUCGAAUUUCCAAUUGGAUGACGUUGGCAUGCCAUUUACCCGGAUUGAAAUCACUUAGAUGUGACAAUCUGAAUAGCGGAGAGCAUUUUCCCACUUUGGGGAAGCCGCUGUUCCUCGAAUCAUUAACGAUAUGUGAUGCGGAAAGUGUGAAAAAGGUGGGCUUUGAAUUUUUGGGAAUAGAAGAAUCCAAGAUAGACGAAGAGAAGGGAUCAACAUCAUCAUCAUUAUCUUCACUUGUCUUAUUCCCUAAUUUAAAGUCCCUCUCAUUUUGGAGGUUGAAAGAGUGGGAAGAAUGGGAUGGGAUUGGAGGAACAAUGAGAGAAGAAGAAGCACAAGAUAGUGGUGUUACUAUCACUAUUAUGCCACGUCUUCAGGAAUUGCGAAUUCAUAAUUGCCCCAAGCUGAAAUCGCUGCCAGACUUCCUUCCUACAACUCCCUUAAAGAAUCUGGAUAUCGAAUAUAGUCCAAUUCUCAGUGAAUGUUGCAAAACAGAGAUAGGAGAUCAAUGGCCCAAGAUUUCUCACAUACCCAACAUCAGCAUUUAUGGAGGAACUGUGUGAAGAGAUGGUCGUCCAAUGCAAACUUGAAUCUCAGUUCGAUUAGGGCUCUACAAGUCGCAUCCAUUCAGAUAAGGCCUUAUUAAACCAGAAAUCAAAUGAGAAGCAUAUUUUGUGCUGGAGAAAAUUUGCAUGUAUGGAUGCAUGUUUGUAAAACACCCACAAAAGAAAGGCUUGCAUUUUGUAUUGCAUACUGACAAAUGAAAGGUCAUUAAGUUUAAAGAGUUUGAAUCCAGAGGAGUGCAUGUGGUUUUCUUGUCCUUUCGAUUGAAGUGUUUCGUGCAAAUAAAGAGGGAGAGAGUUGGAUGUUAGCACUGGGAUAAGAGGGAAUAACUAGAUAGAAGUCUGUUGUUUGUUUGUCUGUUUAUGCCAUCCAUGGUUGAAUAAUUUUGGAAUGACAAUGUAGAAGGUGAAGAGUAGUAGACUGGACCAGUUCAAAAAUUCCCCAAAUUCUGGAAUCAAGGCCAUUCAACUUUUUGUUUAAUAUGGGCACUUUGAUUAUAGUUCUCCUACAGAGGCUGAAGUGAUUCUUUACAUUGAAGAGUGUGAAGUAUAAGAGGUGACCACCAGUCAAGAAGAAAAAAUUACAAAUACCUUGGCUUUGUUAGUUGGAUGGAAAGAGUUGGAUACUCUUUUCUGGAGCAACAUUCGUGGAACGGUGGAAGUGAAUAACAUUUUCUUAAUAGCCUAUUACAACUUCUUUGCUGCCUCAAUCUUAUCCUCACUCAACAAGUUUCCUCUAUGGUUAUGGUUUAUUUCCUUCAUGAUAUAGGGUGAACUCCAAACUGUGUCAUUUGGGAAAGCACAUCUUGCACAAGAGGGAAUGGUCAUGCAAAAAACUUUGGCACCAUGAUUGGAACAUCUCGAGGGGUCAGUUGCAUCUCCAAAGCUGUCUGCAGAAUUCAGGAGCAGAGCAUGUUGCAAAAUUUGUACUUUCGUGGAGUAGAUGGGACUUGGAAAGAACUUCUGUGAUAUUAAUAUGUGGAAACUAGAAGGUGUGCUCUCAAAGUUGUUAUAGAUGGACUUCCUAAAACCAUUGAUAAAGACAUAUUGGAAGUCUGGGAUGCUUUGAAUAAUUUGUGGCCACAGAAAAAGGUCCUUGCUGUUUACAUACCGUAAACUAGACUCAUUAAGCCUGUGUUUGAAGUUCUACACAUAGAGAAUGGUGUUGUGCAUUACAGUCUUAGCAUUGUCUGAUUUCUUCGUCUUAUCAGCCUUACUUUGAAGAUGAUUACAGAAUGCUGAAGAUAAAUGUACUUUGUAACUACUCCCUCUCCCUCCAUUUCUGGUUGAGGCAAAGUGUGAUUUCUCUUCCCUCUUUCUCUUUUCACCUCUUUUUGGAGCCAUAGCUCUCUUGUUUGAUCACACAUUUAUUUACUAGGGUGAGUUGGGAACUGUGAUGUGUUUGGAUAAGACAUCCCAUGCAAGAGAGACUAGUAAAUGCUCCUUUUUAAAAAAAAAAAAAAAAAAUUCUUACCUUUUGUUACCAUCCAUAAUUUCCUAAUUCUGGAAUGGCUUAAUAAAAGGUGGACGAGAAGAUUGGACCAAUUAAAGAAAAAAAAAUCCAAAUUUGUCAUCAGAAUGAGCAAAAAAUAUAGGUAUUGAAGCCAUAUAACUCUUGCCUUUGAUAAGGGUACCUCAAUUCUAAUUUUCCUUCAGGGUUGAGGAAUACUUAGCCCUCAUUCUGGCUAGACAUCAUGCAAAAUGUUGCGUUCCCUUGGGCCUCAGACAUUGGGCCAGUCUAUUUGGUGACACAGAAAAAGCAACCGAGGCUAGAGUGUUCUGUGGCAUGCUUGGGAACCAACCUCCGGGUAGAAGAAGAUAUUACAAACAUCCCAACUGGAAGAGUGUGGGCAUGGGAGGUGAACUUGAAACAAUGUUCCUCAUGGAAGAAAAUCUUGUGCAAGAGGGAAAUGUCAUGCAAAAGGUUAAAUUUUUUUUGUAGCACCAUAAUCUGGACAUCACAUGGGUUAGUGAUGCCUCCAAAGUAGUUUAACCAUUCAGGCCCAGGGAAUAUACUAAAUAUAUAUUGUUUGCCACAAAUAACUUUAUAAUUUAAUUUUCAUAUUUGUCAUUAACUUGACAACUCCAGUUUAUAUGUUCAGUGGUUAUUGAUCUAUGCAUUCCAACCAGUUGCACUUACUUGGAUUAAAUGGAACUUGAAGAGGUACUCUAUGAUCUACGUGGUAAUGAAAUUCGGGUUGGCGUGAAUAUUGGUUUUCUUGUUGCAGAGGAAACUAGAAGGUGUGCAUUCAAAGAUAUUGUGGCUGGACCCCCAUAAAACAUUGAUAGUGGAACUCCGGUUACAAAGUCUUUUGGUUCUGACACUCACAUGGAUGAGGCCUAACAUGCUGUAUUGAUGCCCAUGUUUGAAGUUGUAAGCAUUGAGAAGGAUUUGCACGCUGCAGUGCAUAUUUUGAGAAAGGGACUUGAUGGGGCAUUUUGUCAUAUAAAUUUGCAAGCAAUGUUAUCCUGUGUAUUUGCGGCUGGAGAAUUCAAGUCCGAGUGUCCACAAAUUUUACAGUUAGCCACUUAUUUGCAUAUACGUGAAAUUGAAGGCCAUAAAGUACAGGCUAUGGUAUUGUGUAUCUCAUUCAACAUGUAGUCUUGAACAUUUGGUGAAGCAUAUUUUAAAUUGGUGGGAAUUAAUAAGCAACGACGUACCUCAGAAAGCCACUUCUUACAUUCUGGUACAAGUACAGUUGAUUGAUAAAGCUCUACACAGUCAAAUGACAGAGCUCCAACGGGCAAAAUGGAAAAUCUCUAUGCUUGAUUUGUAGACACAACAGUGUUGAUUGAUGAAGCUCCAAUGCUCCAUUAACAUAUCAUAGGCGCAUUAAUGUAGCAUGUCAUGGAGUUCAAGAAACAAUAUCGUGAAGCAGUGGCACAGCGCACACCAAGAAAUUUAUGACCAGUGAACUCAGUUUUUCAAUUUCGAGCCUAGAAUUUGCAUCCAACAUUUACAUGUAAUUCCAGAUUUUUGAACCUUUUGUGUGCUGUGACUUGUGUAUAGCCAUGAAGCUUUCGGGAGUAUGCAUUUAUUUUCCAUCAUCCUCCUUUGACAUGCAUGUGAUGCUACUCAUGGAAAUUUUUUUGUAAACUUGCUUUCAUCUGGAUUGUU